AGGGGUUUAGAGAGAAAAAUGUGAAGAGGGAUGGGGAGAGUGAAUGUGAGAGGAGAGCAAUUCAGUGUACCAAAGAACAUCGCAAGACUGAACACAAUGAAGUAUGAAAGUUGUCUAAGAGUGUAAUAAAAAGAUUUGAGAUGAAAGACACCAUGAACCAGACAGAGGGACAGACCAGAGACAGCUAUGAGACCGCUUUGGAUCACAACGAUGUCCUCAACAUCACAUCCCGUAAUAUCACCAUGGGAUUUCAGUCCCCCUUCUCGCCAGUCAUGGACAAGGCCAUCAGUGGAAUUACCAUCAUCAUCCUCAUCAUCACCAUGGUGUCACUGGGCUGCACCAUGGAGAUCUCAAAGAUCAAGGCCCAUAUUCUAAAACCGAAAGGGGUGGCCAUUGCCGUAAUUGCCCAGUUUGGCAUUAUGCCCCUCACUGCCUUCAGCCUGGCCAAAAUCUUUCAGCUGGGUCCCAUUGAAGCGGUGACUGUGCUAAUCUGUGGCUGCUGUCCAGGGGGAAACCUGUCUAACAUCUUCGCCCUGGCCCUGAAGGGUGACAUGAAUCUCAGCAUUGUAAUGACCACCUGUUCUACUGUUUUGGCACUGGGUAUGAUGCCUUUGCUGCUCUUCAUAUAUUGCCACGGCAUCCAUAACUUGGAACAUGCUGUGCCUUACAUUGGCAUCGUCAUAGCUCUCAUCAUGACCCUGGUGCCCUGUGCCAUUGGCAUCGCUAUCAAUCACCGGGUCCCACGGUACUCUCAGAUCAUCAUUAAGGUUGGUCUUAGCAUCUUACUGAUUGCGUCCAUUGCCAUUGGCGUCAUGUCAGGCAUCACCAUUGGGGGAACAGUGUGGGUGGUUCUCUCACCCCAGCUCAUGGCCACAGCUGCUCUAAUGCCCCUGACAGGGUACCUGCUGGGAUACAUCAUGUCCACCGUCUUCAAAGUCAAUCCCCAAUGCAGGAGAACUAUUUCUAUGGAGAUAGGCUGCCAGAACAUCCAGCUGUGCUCCACCAUACUGAAGGUGGCCUUUCCUCCGGAGGUCAUUGGCCCCCUGUAUCUGUUCCCGCUGAUCUAUAUUAUAUUCCAGGGAGGUGAGGCACUGCUUUUCAUCAUCCUCUUCAGAUGUUACCAAGGCUUCAAGCCGCCGCCUGAUGCAAAACCAUUAUAUCUCGCAGUGGACAUUAAAGUGGAUGAAGUGAAGGUCCUAUAGGUCCCAGAUGGGAGAGACCCAUAGAGAUGAAGACACAGGUCAGAGGAGGACAGCAGACCUAACACAACAGGCCCAGAAAGCAGCCAGAACACCAGCAGUGAAGCAAUGGAUAUGAGAGGAAAAGUUCUGAAGCUUGUGUUCUGAGGACAGAAUUAUUUGGCCAUCACAUCAGUGAAAUUAAGGGCUGGUUUCGCAGACAUGGAUUAAGCCUUGUCUAGGACAAAAAAAAGUUAAAUAGAAAACUCCAUGGAGCUUGUUUUUUUAGUCCUAGACUAGGCUUAAUAUAUGUCUGCGAAACCGGCCCUAAAUGUAUUGCAUUUUAGCACCACAACUUGCUGCAGAUUCGCAGCACAAUUGUACCUAUAGAACUGUACACCGAUCAGCCAAAACAUUAUGGCCACCUGCCAAAUAUUAAGUGGGUCCCCCCUUUUCCGCCAAAACAACCCUGACCCGUUAAGGCAUGGACUCCACUAGACCUCUGAAGGUGUGCUGUGGUAUCUGGCACCAAGACGUUAGCAGCAGAUCCUUUAAGUACUUUACGUUAUGAGGUGGGACCUCGAUGGAUCAGACCUGUUUGUCCAGCACAUCCCACACAUGCUCGAUUGGAUUGAGAUCUGGGGAACUAGGAGGCCAAGU